AUGUAGACUGCUUCUACAAACAUUUGUGAAAUAAUGGGUCGCUCUCAAGAGCUCAGUGAAUUCAAGCAUGGUACCGUCAUAGGUUGCCACCUGUGCAAUAAGUCCAUCUGUGAAAUUUCCUUGCUACUAAAUAUUCCACGGUCAACUGUUAUUGGUAUUAUAACAAAGUGGAAGCAACUGGGAACAACUGCAACUCAGCUAUGAAGUGAGCGGGGUCAGCACAUGCUGAAGCGAACAGUACGCAGAAGUCACCAACUGUCUGCAGAGUCAAUAGCUAAAGACCUUCAAACUUUGUGUGGCCUCAGAUUAUCACAACAGUACAUAGACAGCUUCAUAGAAUGGUUUUCCAUGGCUGA